AUGUCAGCCACAGCUGUGACGCCCUCCGUCGCGGCGGCGGCAAAGACCGUCACGAGGACCGCCUCGGGGACCCUGGCCAGGGAGAUGAACGGGGUCGUCGUCUCAGCAGGGCUGGCACGCAACACGGUCAAGGUGAAAAUAGCAAAAGAAGAGUGGAACAAGAAGGUGAAAAAGAACUUCCAAAGCUUCGAGCGCCACCUGGUGCAUGACCCCAACAACUCCCUGCGGACCGGCGAUAUCGUGAGCAUAUCGUCUGGCUGGCGGACGUCCAAGUGGAAGCGGCACGUCGUCAACCGCAUAAUAGCGCCCUGGGGCCCGCCCAUCGAGGAGCGCCCGCCCGUGCCGACGCCCGCGGAGAGGGAGGCCGCCCACGCCGCCGAACGGGCCAAGAAGGCCGAGCGCAAGCAGCUGAGGAACCACGCGCUGGCCAUGGAGAAGGCCGUGACCAAGGCCGAGAAGAAGAUGGAAGAGCUCACGCGGCUGGGCAAGGAACUGGGCUAUCGCGCGCCGUGA